GCGUACGGCCGAUUGUAAGAUAUGGGGGUAAAAAGCAGUCCUCUCCAGCCAAUCAUAGAUCGACAACGUAUUCGAUGAAACCACCUGGUUUUCCAAUCCAACUUAUUUUGAACGUCAUCCCUCUCUCCUCCCCUCCCCUCCUCCCUUCUAUUGUAGUUUUCAAAGCUUCAAUUUAUGUCUUUCUCUUUCUCACUCUCUCUUCUUUUUUCUCUGUUCUUACAUAUACAUUGAUUGAUUUCUGCUCCCCACUGUACAGAGAGCGACGGAACCGAUCCUGUAACGUAUAAGACCCGUCUUUCUUCCGUAUUUUUUUUUGGCUCUGGGUGGUUGGGUCCUGCUGCGGUCAACUCUGGGUGGAUCCAUAUUGUAUAUCGUCAAGAAGAAGAAGAAGAACAGAAGGGUAGAGAUAUGGGUAGGGGUAGGGUUCAGCUCAAGAGAAUUGAGAACAAGAUCAAUAGGCAAGUGACUUUUUCCAAGAGAAGGUCUGGCUUGUUGAAGAAAGCCCAUGAGAUCUCUGUGCUUUGUGAUGCUGAGGUUGCUUUGAUCGUCUUCUCCACCAAAGGGAAGCUUUUUGAAUACUCUACUGAUUCCAGCAUGGAAAGGAUCCUGGAACGUUAUGAGAGAUAUUCAUAUGCAGAGAGGCAGCUUGUUGCAACUGAUACCGAAACAAAUGGUAGCUGGACUCUGGAAUAUGCGAAGUUGAAGGCUAGACUGGAGGUUUUACAAAGAAACCAAAGGCAUUUCAUGGGGAGAGAUCUCGAUACCUUGAGCCUCAAAGAGCUUCAGAGUUUGGAGCAACAAAUUGAUUCUGCUCUUAAACACAUAAGGUCAAGAAAGAACCAAUUGAUGUAUGAAUCCAUUGCAGAACUGCAGAAGAAGGAUAAGGCAUUACAGGAGCAAAACAACCAGCUAGCGAAGAAGGUCAAGGAGAAAGAGAAGGAAAUGGCUCAGCAGACACAAAUGGAGCAACAAAAUCAUGGUGUAGAUUCAUCUACUGUUACGGCGCAGUCCUUGAACAUUAGAGGCAAUAGAGGUGAAGAUGAAACAACUCCAAUCCAACAUCGAGGUAAUGCAGUUCUGCCUGCUUGGAUGCUUCCCCACCUGAACGAGUAAUGAAAAUUUUGAUGGCCUAUACGCAGUAAGAUGUGGGCAGGUGGGUUCGAUUGGUAAGGGACUCCUAUUUAUAACGUAGGCAAGUUUAAAAUAUUUUCAGUUUGUUGAUAGAGCAUUUGCCAUAUAUUAAGUUUCGAUUAUGUAUUUUGAAGCUUCAAUCGGAUGGCAUUUUCCAUAUAUCACUCUGUAUAUGUAUUCCUCUUUUUAUAUAUUGUACUAACAUAAAUAUGUAUAACCAAUGAGUUUUAGUUGUUUA